UUCAAUCUCGCCACGCCCACUCCCUCCUCUCCAGGCCAAGGCCAACCAACAGGGUACACUUUCAACAUCCACCAACCAGCUUCUCACCGUUCUAUUCCAACUUUUCAUUCCCACUUCACUCCAACAAUCUUGUGCUCUCUUCUAAAAAGCUUCACUCCUGCAAUUUCUGUCUCGGUUGCUCAGUAUCGAUUCACCGUCUCCUCCUUCCACGACACAGCGCUUGCUUGUUUCAGCUCUCUUGCCAUGCCACAGGCAGCACAGUACAAGAUCGCGCUGUGCCAGCUGCCGGUCACCGCGGACAAGCACGGCAACAUCGCCCGCGCGCGCGCCCGCAUCGAGGCCGCCGCGGCCGCCGGCGCCGAGCUCGUCGUCCUGCCGGCAAGUCCCUCCUCCUCUGCUACUUUCUUGCCACGGAACUGAGAUUCACCUCGAAGCAGCCAGGAACUGACGGAAGCUCACGAAGCUCGCUUCUCUGACGACGUUGCUCUGCUCCAGGAAAUAUGGAGCUGCCCCUACGCGAUGCAGACCAUGCGGAGCUACGCCGAGGACAUCGACGGCGGCCGCUCGCCGUCGGUCUCGAUGCUGUCGGAGGUGGCCGCUGCCAGGAAGAUCACCAUCGUCGGCGGAUCCAUACCCGAGAUGGUUCCGGCUUCGGGGCAGCUGUUCAACACCUGCUGCGUGGUCGGGCCCGACGGGGAGAUCAAGGCCAAGCACAGGAAGCUGCAUCUGUUUGGAAUCGACAUCCCCAGAGACAUCACUUUCAGGGAAUCCGAUACCUUCACUGCUGGGCAAGAACCCACUGUGGUUGACACAGACGUUGGACGGAUUGGUAUUGGGAUUUGUCAUGAUAUCCGCUUCCCAGAACUUGCAAUGCUGUAUCGAUCAAGAGGUGCACACUUGAUAUGCUACCCUUCUGCGUUCAACAUGAGCACCGGGCAGCUCCUCUGGGACCUUAUGCAGAAGUCCAGGGCUGUCGACAAUCAGCUGUUCGUGGCGACCUGCUCACCUGCACGAGACCCCAACUCACAGUCGGACUUCGUGGUCUGGGGCAACUCAAGCCUCAUCGGACCAUUUGGCGAGGUUCUUGCGGCGGCAGGGCACGAGGACGCGACCGUCAUCGGCGAGAUUGACCUAUGUUUGAUUGAAGCUGUCAGGGAGAGCCUCCCUCUGGAAACGCAGGGUAGAGGGGAUCUGUACAGGCUGAUCGAUGUCCAGAGGGAACGUUCGAGCUAGCUGCGUUGCUCGAGGAGAUGGAAAUGCAGUGCAGAGAGCUGAAGAAGGCCACGUCUGCAUGUGUUGCUCACAUGCUGGGUUCAGUAACAGAGGACGGGGUUUGCAAAAUUGUGAUGUGGCAUGCAAAGAUUCGGGAUGCCAUAUACGAUAUGUACCGAUACUGCAUGCACUUAUCACUUACUCCCUCCGUCCCAAAAUAAAUGUCUUAACUUUAUACAACUUUGUAUGGAUGGAGUAUCAGGGUCUAAAACAAUGUGGCCCGAACACACGGUUAACUCCGAACGUUUAUGAUGGCAAGUUUAGUGACACGAAAAUAGCAACUUCUUUUCA